AUGGCGGCCGCCCGCGGGGCCCUCUGCGCCUGGCUGGCGGCGCUGACGGUGGCUGGUCAAGGAGGGAACACUUCCGACCGCCCCAACUAUGAGUGCGAGCCCGGCUGCGCCCUGCUGAAUGGGCAGGCGAACUAUCACGAGUUCCGCUGCGCAGACGGCCGGUGCAUCCUGGUCAGCGGCUAUUGCAAUGGCGCCGCCGACUGCGAGGACGGCUCGGACGAGGACUACUGCCCACCGGAGCGUGCGGGAGGCGGCAGAGGUCCUGCUCAUCAUGAGCAUGUUGCCGAGCUGCCUUACGACUGCUACGCGGGGCUCCUGCAGGAGUGGUCGCCUGGAAAGAGCGCGUGGUGCUGCUUGAACACAGUCAGCAAGCGCGGGUGCCCCGAUUUCGCCGCCGGGUGGCCAGAGGACGGCUGCGAGGACGUGCGCAGGGAGCCCAGCGCGCCGUGGCCAGCGAGCAAGAGGGCGUACUGCUGCCUGGCCAAAGACGUGGGCUGCCUGCCCGCCUCGGCGGCGGCUCCCGCCGGCGGCCGUCGCCGGCGGCCGCAGGCGCCGACCACGCCCGCCCCGUACAACUGCAGCGACGACGAGGCGUGGUGGGACUCCCACCAAGCAGCGCGUGGUGCUGCACGAGCACGCAGGCCGGGGCUGCAAAGACGCGUCGCCCGGGCAGGCGGGCGUGCCCUCCGCGAGGACAUCGAUUACAUCGACGUCUACCACCUCACAGCCGUACGACUGCUCCACGGGAUCUUCGAAGAUGAGCACAUGGUCUGCAAGGAAGAGGCAUUGGUGUUGCAGACACAAGUUGAAGGGGUGCUCUACAACCACAACACGAACAACUUCGACAUCGACCAGGACCCGUACGACGUCCACCCGCACUUCGACCCCCUUGCCGUUCGACUGCCAUGCGGACCUCGAGCGCGUGGAGGACAGCUGGAGCGCCCUGAAGAUGGAGUGGUGCUGCGCGCGCAUGGGCCUCGGCUGCCGCGACCACGACGAGGCGGCGGGCGCGGCGCCCUUCGGGUGCGGAAGUGGCGGUGCCGCCGGCGAG